UUGUGUUCCUGUACUGACGUCGAAAAUAAGGGUAAAAAAAGCGUAAAAUUUACAGAAAAGUUUCUAACUCGUCAUACGACCAAAGGAUUUUGGAUCGGUUUCGAAAGACAUGGACCAUGGGCGGACAAUUCUUUCAGGUGGUUGGACGGAAGUAACUCUUACUAUAGAAAUUGGGAUAAAGGAUAUCCGAUUAGCACUGGUGAAUUUGUCAAAGUAAAAAAAUCUGGUGGUUGGAUAAAUCCUAAUACAGACGAAUGUGCAGAACCAGCAUGCUUAAGAAGAGGUUCAUUUUUUCUAUUUUCUUUUUAUAUUUUUUACAAAUUGGCUAGUAUGAUUAGCAGGAAGAAAGAAACUUUAUAUUUCUCCGACUCCUGGCUGGAAACCUUAACAAUAACUACAAUGUUUCAGCAAAUUCAAACCGAGAAUAAUACUUUAACUUUGAGAAACGAACCAAAAAAAUUGAUUGUAAAAAAAUCUUCUAGGCAUAGCUAA